AUGCCUAGGAAAAUUCAGAAGUCCCUUCAAGAUUACCUCUCCAAGCUCAAAAAGCCCACCCCACAUAUCCAAUUGUCUGCUAAUAAUGCUCUCUCGGCGUCGAUAAAUCGGAUGCUAUUAGGGUGUAAAUACCCUAAAACGUUAAUCGAUGUUGAUCGUGAUCAAACAAACAGGCGUGGAUCGGAUCAUGGCCAUGCUGCCACACUCUCCGACAUCGAUCGCUUUCUCUUUGAGAAUUUCAGGUCACUCUAUCAGAAAAAUGAUGAUGAUGAUGAUGAUGAUACCAAGAAGCGAGAAGAAGAAGAAGAAGAAGAAGAAGAAGAAGAAAAACCAGGUGGGGUUUUGUUUGAAUCACCGAGGAUUAUGGAUCCUACAUCGAAUAUUUGCAGCUGCCACAGAUUUUUCACAACUCCUUGUUCUUCAAGUUCAUUAAUGGAGGAUGCUAGGGCAAGCCUAGCAGUAUCAUCAGAGGGCAUUGCCUCUAGCUAUGCAACCAGUAGUACCAGUACUGUUGAUUGUUCUUCAUCUUCUUCCAAUGAUAUUAAGGAAGUCUUAGCUCCCCAUGACUGCAUUGCAGUGUUGACGAAUUCACCGAAUCCAUACGUCGAUUUUCGACUCUCCAUGCAGGAGAUGAUCGAAGCCCGAUUGCACAGCCAUGAAAAGGUUGAUUGGGAUUUCAUGGAGGAUCUUCUCUUCUGUUACUUGAACCUCAACGAUAAGGACUCGCACAAGCAUAUUUUACAGGCUUUUGUAGACCUAAUCUGCGUUUUACGCCAAAAAACCGACAAAGUUUCGAUGAAUGCUCGAGGAGAAGGAGAAUGGAGAAGGGAAUGA